AUGCGGAUGUUGACGUCCUCCAGCGUAAGACGGGUGAACAUACACUCGGGGAUUGUGAGAGAGAUACGUCUUGUCUGGCCCUUUUUAUUACACCUGCCAUAAAAUCACUCUUAAAACAGAAUAUUUUGUAUUUAUCGGAAUCGGGGAGCUGAAUGGACAUUGUAAUCACUCAUGGAUGAUCGAAGAACAGAUUUAUAACUGUCUUUCCGCUAGUUGCAGCAGCGUUUCUCCCUCAAUAAUAUAUGUCCAGUAACGUUAGUGCCGAACUGUCAUCGACGGGUUAGCCUGCGUGCUAAACAACAAAGCGUGACGGGUUAAGGAAUCUUGACAAUACAAACAAAAAGGGAAAAAAUUCUUUGAUAUUUUAUUUUAUGAAAACGCCGCAUUUUUUUCUUCAAGAUUUAAACUGGUUUUCAUUAUCACGAAGAUGGGAUUGGGACCCGCGUACUAUCUAACUGAUUGCUGUCAGUUCUAGUAGGAUCAAUACGAUUCUUUCUGGGGAUGUAAACUGAAGAUCGUGUCACCCAUGGAGACGGUUGCUAUUAGAGACGAAGCAUCUUUUUCCAUGGCCCUAUCUGGAGCUCCUCUUGAGCCUGUCUCUGCUGGGGAUCUACAGUGAUAUAGUUUUGUUGUUGUUUUAAAGGUGAUGAGAGUAGCAUGCAGACGUGUCACAUGGGUGCCAACGUGUUAUCAAGGUGACAGGCAGGUGAGACAACAACAGCUGGCUGAGUAACACUAACGACAGGACGUGUGAGGAAAAUUUGACUUGAUCGUUCUUCCUUAGUCAAUUUGUAGUAGACCCUAGAAGCAUUUCAAAAAUGCACCAGAGCUGCAUGCAUCCAAGUGAGACGAUUAGAUAAGAACAGGAACUGUAAAGUUAUUGAGCUGGAACAGUGAAUGUAUUUGAAUGCUGUGGGUGUUACUAAAUCUGCCCUGCAUUAUUUUUUUUGACAUUACAUUUAAAAAUGAUGGACCAGAGGUGGAUGAACUCUAACUUGGUGCUGAUUAAACAUAUCUGAGACAGGAAAGAGUCGACUCAGACACCUGCAUAAGGUGUUUUCAUCUGCUUGAAGUCCAUUGUGAAACCAGUGGAUUCGAGCCAUGUGGAUGCUUCAUUCAGCAAAAAUGUUGCCUGCUUUUUUGCUGCUGUUUUUUACGGGAACCUCCAGCAGGUUGUCGGAGGCCAUGAGCAGAGAUGAGAAGAAUAAACUGAGGAACCAAGUGCUGGAAAUGUUUGACCACGCUUAUCAAAACUACAUGGACCAUGCCUACCCCGCAGACGAGCUGAUGCCUUUGACUUGCCGUGGGAGAGUACGUGGAUUAGAGCCCAGUCGAGGGGAUGUAGAUGAUGCCCUGGGGAAGUUCUCCCUCACUCUCAUCGACACUCUUGACACUCUUGCACUGUUAAAUAAGACGACGGAGUUUGAGAGCGCAGUGAGGAGAGUGGUGACGGAUGUACGGUUGGAUAAUGACAUUGUGGUGUCUGUAUUUGAGACCAACAUCCGGGUGCUGGGUGGACUGCUGGGAGGCCAUUCCAUGGCUGUCAUGUUUAAAGAAAGUGGCCAAAUGCUCUGGUACCAGGAUGAGCUGCUGCACAUGGCCAAAGAUCUUGGACUCCGACUGCUGCCUGCAUUCAACACCAGCAGUGGCCUGCCUUACCCUAGAGUGAAUCUUCGUUUUGGAGUGCGUGGACCCGAGACUCGUACAGGCACGGAGACGGACACCUGCACUGCCUGUGCCGGUACAAUCAUUCUAGAAUUUGCAGCCUUGAGCCGCUUUACUGGGGACCCCACGUUUGAGGCUCAUGCGAGAAGAGCUCUUGACUUCCUUUGGGAAAAGAGACAGAGGAACAGUAAUCUAGUGGGAACGACCAUCAAUAUCCACUCAGGAGAGUGGGUGCGCAGGGACAGCGGAGUUGGAGCAGGCAUAGAUUCCUAUUAUGAGUACUUAAUGAAGGCUUAUAUAUUACUGGGAGAUGAUCAGUUUCUGCAGCGCUUUAACACUCACUAUGCAUCCAUUAUGAAGUACAUCAGCCAACCUCCUCUGCUACUGGACGUCCACAUCCACAAACCCCUGCUGCCAGCUCGCACCUGGAUGGACUCCUUGCUUGCCUUUUUCCCUGGAUUGCAGGUUUUAAAAGGGGAUAUCCGGCCAGCCAUAGAGACGCAUGAAAUGCUUUACCAGGUUACCAAAAAACACAACUUCCUCCCUGAGGCCUUCACCACUGAUUUCAGGGUUCACUGGGCCCAGCACCCCCUGCGGCCAGAGUUUGCAGAAAGCACCUACUUCCUCUAUAAGGCAACCAGAGAUCCAUAUUACCUGGAGGUGGGCCGCACCAUACUGGAGAACCUGAACCGGUUCGCUCGGGUUCCCUGUGGCUUCGCUGCUAUGAAGGACGUGAGGACAGGGAGUCACGAGGAUCGCAUGGACUCAUUUUUCCUGGCGGAAAUGUUUAAGUACCUGUUCCUGCUGUUUGCUGAGGAGGAUUUGCCUUUUAAUGUGGAGGACUACAUCUUUACCACAGAAGCUCAUCUGUUGCCUCUUUCCCUCUCCACUGCUUCAAACUCACAGGCGCCCACUUUGGUCAACAAUAUGGCUGGAGAGGAGCUUGAUGACUCAAAUUUUGAGUGGACUUGCCCUAACACCCGCCUACUCUUUCCUGAUCCCGCCUUCCCGCGCAAUCUCCGCGAACCAAUCAGGAGUGCGGUGGAUAAGAGUUGUCCACGCCCGACCACUCAUCGAGAUCCUGGAAUGGGCCGUCCUCCUCUUAGGGCUCAAGACUUCAUGGCCAAUAACCCUGAACAUCUGGAGCUGCUAAGGCGGAUGGGUGUGAGUCUCAUUCAUUUGAAGGAUGGCAGAGUACAACUCGUUCAACACGCCACACAGGCGGUGAGCGCAGUCGCUGCAGAAGACGGCUUGCGUUUCAUGCAGGAAAUGAUGGAGCUGUCCAGCCAGCAGCAGAAAGAGCAGCUUCCUCCACGAGCUGUUCAGAUUGUUUCGCACCCCUUUUUUGGUAGAGUGGUUCUUACUGCAGGUCCUGCACAGUUUGGAAUGGAUCUUUCCAAAAGCAGUUCCGGAGUGCGUGGGUUUGUAACCGUAGCGGAGCCCUAUAACGGCUGCUCUGUGUUGAGUAACGGUGAGAUUGUGGCAGGCCGCAUUGCUCUGCUGCAGAGAGGCCAGUGCAUGUUUGCAGAAAAGGCCAGGCACAUUCAAAAAGCUGGGGCCAUUGGAGGCAUCGUCAUAGAUGACAAUGAGGGCAGCAGCAGUGAUACAGCCCCAUUGUUCCAGAUGGCGGGAGAUGGCCGGAACACUGAUGAUGUCACUUUACCACUCCUCUUCCUGUUCCACAAAGAGGGCAACAUCCUGUUGGAGGCUCUAAAGGAGUACAGGGAGGUGGAGGUGCUGCUCAGCGAUAAAGCUAGAGACAGAGAAUCCAUAUUUAAGGGGAAAGCUCUCCCGGCCACCCUGUUGGAUGGCAGUGUGGAUGGAGCAGAAGAGGAGGACUGCUCUACAGAGGAGAAAGAACACACUUCUCCUGCUUCAUCAGAUCCUGUCGACCAAUCUCAAGUCACUGUUCAGGAACAGACAACAGACGACUCAGUUGUGAGACAAGACUCAGUUCAGCCAGUGGAGGGACUUGGCAGUUACGUCCCCGUGGACGUAGGGGAGGAGCCUGCGGUGGACGGAGACCACAGCAGCCAAUCGGUGGACUCACUGAUGGCUGAUUGGGAGGAGGACUUGGAAGCCUUUAAGCAGAUGGAGAAGGAAGAGCUUUGACAUUUCCAUCCAUCUCGGACUCCAUUAGUAUGUCCCAGCCAUAGCACAGAGUGAGGAAUCAGUUCUGUCCAAUAGGGACGAUAUAUCAGACAGGCGUGAUUAAGAACUCUGACUCGAAGAGCUAAUUUUCUAUCUUCUCAGGGGCUUUUUUCCGAUUCACAUCUUUCCUGUUUUCUUCAACUGA